AUGCUGUCGGUCUCCUCGCUGCGCAAUAAACUCCCCUUCAACCCAGUGAAACUCGGCAUCGGAACGCUCGUAUUCGCCUCGGUCGUCGUGCUCUUGGCCAAACCUCCCUACGAACCGACCAAGAAGGAGGAUCCGUCCAAGAAGUCGCACCGGAAGAUCCACCGCCCCGAGGCGACGCUCCCAGUGCUGGAGAACACGCUGACCGUCAUCGAGGCUGCUCGUGCCGGGGAUAUACACGACCGAACGCUGCUCAGCUGCCGUGAAUCCAACGCAGAACCAGUGCUGGUUCGCUCCAUCGGCGUCCCGGACCAGCUCAUCGUUUGCACACCAGAAGCCUUCGAGGACGUCCUCAAGCUCGAGUUCAGCAACUUCCCCAAAGGAUCCUACCAGUGCGAAAACCUACGGGACCUGCUAGGCGACGGGAUCUUCGCUGUAGAUGGGGAGCAGUGGGUCCACCAGCGCAAGACGGCCAGCAACCUCUUUACUAUGAGAGCACUGAGGGACUCCAUGGCCUUCGUCAUCCAACGUCACGCUGUUGUGCUCUACGACAUCCUCCGACAGACCAGUGAGAGCAAUGAGACUCUGGAUCUGUUCAAGCUCUUGAACCGGUUCACGAUCGAGGCGUUCACAGAGAUCGGCUUCGGAGUCCACAUGGGGUGUCUGGACUCGGAGGAGGAGCACCCAUUCCAGAAGGCCUUCGACCAUGCCCAGCGAGCUCUCUUGUUGCGCUUCGUGCGCCCAGGGUGGUUCUGGGAGCUUCAGAAGUGGCUGGGAGUUGGCGCCGAGGGUCAGCUGAAGAACGACAUCGAGGUGAUCAACAAGACGGUGCUGGAUAUUGUCGAGAAGGCGCUAGCGAAGCGUUCAAGCAUCGGCAGUGGUAUUGAGAUUGAUGGCAGUGCCAGCCAGGGGAAGGACAUUGUGUCCCUCUUCCUUGGAGAUGCAGACAGCGACACCCAGCAACUCGAUCCCAUGUUCCUGCGCAACAUUGUCGUGAACUUCCUCAUCGCCGGCCGAGAUACGACAGCGCAGACGCUGAGCUGGUUCUUCCUCAACCUCGCUAAGAACCCCGACGUCGAGACAGCUAUUCGCAAUGAGAUUGCCAAAAAGUUGCCAAACAUUGAAGGCAGCGAGGUAAAUGUGAGCCACGCAACGAUGCAAGAUGUGAGCCAGCUCGUGUAUCUUGAAGCCGCCUUGAAGGAGACGCUCCGACUUCAUCCACCCGUUCCGAUGAUCCCGAAGUACGUUGUGGAAGACACCACGCUGUCUGACGGAACGUUCGUCAAGGCGGGCUCGCUUAUCGUACUCGCGACGUACGUGAUGGCGCGACUGCCGCAGGUCUGGGGGCCGGACGCUGAGGAGUUCAAGCCCGAGCGAUGGAUCGACCCCAGCACCGGGAAACUGAUCGUGGUCUCCGCCUACAAGUUUGCGUCUUUCAAUGCGGGGCCUCGGAUGUGUCUUGGCAUGAACUUGGCCAUGCUCGAGAUGAAGCUGGUGGUGGCAGGUCUGCUGAGCAAGUUCCACGUCGAAGUGCUCAACCCGGAGGACGUGACCUACGACCUCUCGUUGACGCUGCCGUUGAAAGGCGCCCUCAAUGUCAAGGUGUCGCAAGCUGCGCUACCAUCCAACCCUGAUUUCGCGUAA